UCCAUUCCACGGAAGAUGGCCUCGCAAAAUCUGGUAUUGUUGGAGGAAGAUGAAGUUGUUAGCGGGGCUCAGCUUAUCGCGGAGUCCCUAAGAUACAAGUAAGAGCGCUGGGAAAUUGAAUACAUGUUUGGCAUUGUUGGUGUUCCUAUAACAGAAGUAGCAACUGCUGCACAAGCAAGUGGAAUUAAAUAUAUAGGAAUGCGCAAUGAACAAGCUGUAAGCCUCUAUGCAGCUUCUGCUGUGGGGUAUUUGACUGCCCGGCCUGCCGUAUGCCUUGUUGUUUCUGGCCCUGGUCUUGUAAAUGCUCUGGCUGGAAUGGCAAAGGCAAAUAUGAACUGCUGGCCAUUGAUUGUCAUUGGAGGCUCCUCUGACAGAAAUCAAGAGACUAUGGGAGCUUCAGAAUUCCCACAGAUUGAAGCAUGUAGACUUUAGCAAUUUUCUGUCAGACCAAGCAGUCUAGAAGCUAUUCCUGCAAUUAUCGAGAAGGCUGUGAGAACCAGUAUUUAUGGACGCCCAGGUGCCUGCUAUAUUGACAUACCUGGAGACUUUGUAAAUCUGACAGUGAAGAAAAGCUCUGUCAAGUACAUUGAUUGCUGUCCUGCACCUCCUAUCAGUAUGGCUGAAGAGAUGACCAUUUCAAAAGCAGUUUCAUUUAUUUUACAUUCCAAGAAACCACUUUUAAUUAUUGGCAAAGGUGCUGCUUACUCACGUGCUGAAAACAGCAUCAGGAAAUUGGUGGACCAGUGUGGGCUUCCAUUUUUGCCUACGCCAAUGGGGAAGGGAGUUGUUCCUGACAACCAUCCAUAUUGUGUGGCUGCAGCCAGAUCUAGGGCACUACAAUAUGCUGAUGUGAUAGUGUUACUUGGAGCCAGACUGAAUUGGAUUCUGCAUUUUGGACUUCCACCAAGAUUUCAGCCAGAUGUAAAAGUUAUUCAGGUAGACAUUUGUGCUGAAGAGCUGGGAAACAAUGUGAAACCUGCUGCAGCCUUGUUGGGAGACAUAAAAGCAGUGACUGAUCAGCUUUUAGAUGAAUUUAACAGGAAACUUUGGAAAUACCCUUCAGAUACAGAUUGGUGGAAAGAUCUUCGAGCUAAAAUGCAAAGCAACGUGGCAACAUCUAAGGCACUAUCACUAGAAAAACAGUUGCCAAUGAAUUACUAUACAGUAUUCCAUCAUGUAAGGGAACUUUUGCCAAAGGAUUGUAUUCUGAUCAGUGAGGGAGCAAAUACAAUGGAUAUUGGGCGCACCAUGCUCCCAAAUUAUCUUCCUCGGCACAGGUUGGAUGCUGGUACCUUUGGGACAAUGGGAGUUGGACUUGGUUUUGCAAUUGCAGCUGCUAUGGUUGCUAAAACCUGUAAUCCUGAGCAGCGAGUGAUCUGUAUAGAAGGCGAUAGUGCAUUUGGUUUUUCUGGUAUGGAAGUGGAGACACUUUGCAGGCAUAACUUGCCAGUCAUUAUAAUCAUAGUCAACAACAAUGGAAUAUACACUGGCUUGGACUCAAACACCUGGAAGGAUAUGCUGAAGCUUGGAGAACCUUCUACAUACGCACCUCCAGUAGCUUUGUUGCCAGAUGCUCGCUAUGAGCAGAUUAUGUCUGCCUUUGGUGGCAAAGGGUACUUUGUUCAAACACCGGAAGAAUUACAAACUGCCCUGAGAAAAAGCUUAGCUGAAAAGCUUGUCCCUUCUCUCCUUAAUGUCAUGAUCAACCCACAAUCAUACAGAAAAAUGCAAGAUUUUCACUGGCUGACCCGUUCUAACAUGUAACAGACGAUGAAAAAACUUGAAGUAAAAUCCCUAUGUAAACUCAACGGAUGUCCAGAUUCAACAGCAUAAUUACAGUUGCUAGCUGUUCUUACAAAUUGAAUGAACAUGUUGAUUGCUAUGUAUAAGGAAGGAUUGCUAAUUACAUACAUUUUGCCAUUUUGGGAGAGAAAGGCAAAAGAUUUAUACGAUCUGAAGAGAAACCAGAUAAACCAAUUUUCUGGGAGAGAAAAGACAUCUAACUUCUAUUUCUUUUUCCACUGCUUGUAUCAGCUUUUGAAAGCAUUUACUUUAAUGCCUGCCCAUUGAUCUUAAAAACAAGAGGUACAUAACGUACUGAUUCACUUUUGCUUUCUUUGUAUUUUUAUAGCAUGGGAAUGCAACAGAGCCUUUUCUGUGUCUUUCAUUAGAGAAACCUUCGCAAACUAUGUACCAUUUAGAUGUAUGAUUUAACUCCUGUUGAAAUCUAUAGUUGCUUAAAACUGCUGGAGUAUGCAUUUUGCAUGCUUAAUUUACAUCACUGAAUAUUUUUUUUCAAAUUAAAUUACCUUGUUCUGUCAGUCACUUGUAUUCUUGUACUCUUAUCUAUGUUUAUUGUUUUAAUUGGCUUUGUAGUAUGCUUUACUAACUUUAAUUGCAUAUCAUCGAGUUUGUAUAAGUUAGGCGGCCAUAUACAUUUCUUUAAAAGUCAUAUUGUUAUGAAUCGUCUCAUAGAUACCACGGAGAAGUUAGCAAAAGCUUGAAACCAAAUAAAUUAUUAUAUGAAA